AUGACGAUGGCCUCUUCCGCGGAGAAGGUGAAAGAGUCUGGUUAGGAUGGCCUCUAAAAAUAGAAUUGUUGUAAACGACAUGAGAAAGAACACAACCGUCCUAAACAUCAACAUAAUGGAGUCUCCUAGUAAAACACACAAUAUUUGGGUAGCAUAAUGAUUAUUGUGGCAAGAUGACUCAACCCAGCAAAUGAGUGUUUCCAGACAGCGCUUGCUUUGGACUGAUAAAGGCAAACGAAAACAUCAUGAGUGUACAGAAGGAUUUGUAGCCACAUGGGGAUUCGCUCUGUGUAUCGCGGCCUUAAAGGUGACCUUUAUACUGAGUUUUGUCUCACUCUGGUGGAGGAAGUGGGUCACUACAGGCAGGAAGCAGCCUCAAAUGUAGUUGAGAAACCAGAUUGAACGUGCUUCAAAGUCGAUGCUGUGCAUUAUUUACUACCCACGUAUCCUUAAAUUGUGAACCUAUGAUUGUACUAUAAUGAAAAGGCUACAGACACUUCAAAUUAAAUACCAAGUUGAGCUUGAUACUCACUCUCACAUACAGUAUGUAGGCUAGAGAUAUUAUGAACAAUAGUACUUCCCUAAAGCAUGAAUCCAUUUAUAGUACAGUGUAUGACCCCAGCUUGGGGGUGCAGUUACAGUUACAUGACUAUUGCUCUACAUGGGUGCUGGAAAUACUGGAGGGACACAAUACACUCCAUUACCAAACUGAGACACAAGAAAAGGAUGCCUUCUCUUUGAUAUACGUAUGUUACUCAGCUCCAUGGUCCACACAGUGAGUUACUAACACAGCUCAGCUCCAUGGUCCACACAGUGAGUUACUAACACAGCUCAGCUCCAUGGUUCACACAGUGAGUUACUAACACAGCUCAGCUCCAUGGUUCACACAGUGAGAUACUAACACAGCUCAGCUCCAUGGUUCACACAGUGAGAUACUAACACAGCUCAGCUCCAUGGUUCACACAGUGAGAUACUAACACAGCUCAGCUCCAUGGUCCACACAGUGAGUUACUAACACAGCUCAGCUCCAUGGUUCACACAGUGAGUUACUAACACAGCUCAGCUCCAUGGUUCACACAGUGAGAUACUAACACAGCUCAGCUCCAUGGUUCACACAGUGAGAUACUAACACAGCUCAGCUCCAUGGUUCACACAGUGAGAUACUAACACAGCUCAGCUCCAUGGUUCACACAGUGAGAUACUAACACAGCUCAGCUCCAUGGUUCACACAGUGAGAUACUAACACAGCUCAGCUCCAUGGUUCACACAGUGAGAUACUAACACAGCUCAGCUCCAUGGUUCACACAGUGAGAUACUAACACAGCUCAGCUCCAUGGUUCACACAGUGAGAUACUAACACAGCUCAGCUCCAUGGUUCACACAGUGAGUUACUAACACAGCUCAACUCCAUGGUUCACACAGUGAGUUACUAACACAGCUCAGCUCCAUGGUCCACACAGUGAGAUACUAACACAGCUCAGCUCAUUGGUUCACACAGUGAGUUACUAACACAGCUCAGCUCCAUGGUCCACACAGUGAGAUACUAACACAGCUCAGCUCCAUGGUUCACACAGUGAGAUAUUAACACAGCUCAGCUCCAUGGUUCACCCAGUGAGUUACUAACACAAAUUCAGCAGGACUAUCAGAUCAAUGGGGGCACGCAAAGGAAGGACUACCCGGCAUACUCCAUUGCAUCAUAGUGUUUUGGGCCUUGCCAGUGGGCUUUACAGUGCCUUGACAUAUUUUUAACAACUAGGCCUAAUGGUAGAUUCAUCUAGCCUAUAGUCAAGGUUUUGAAAAAAAUAACAACUGCAUUGUGAUCAGAAUGAAAAUAAAGACACCACAUUCAGAUAGUUUGGUGAGAAGGAAUGAGUUAUUGUACCCAGUUGUAGCUGGUCAAAAUAGAUGGUCAGAAUAGAUUGAUAGGACCAGACUUGUAGUAAUUGUGUCAGGAUCUUUGAUUGUCGUCCAUUAGUUUCCCCUUAGCAAUGCCAGCUGAGGGUUGUAGGACAGGAUGGUAUGUCUGCCAGAUAUGAUAUGCAGAAUAUAUGGGUCGUCUUCAUGUUUCCUUUAGGAGGAUGCAGUUAGGACAGAUAGUAUGCAAGCCAGUCAUUAUGAUUAGCUUUCUUUCUAUUGUCUUGUAAAACAUUUGAUUCCUGGUUUUAAUUAGAGGGAGCAUAAUUCAGAUGCCUUCUUUUUUUUAGUCAUUUUUUAGCAGACGCUCUUAUCCAGAGCGACUUACAGGAGCAAUUAGGGUUAAGUACCUUGCUCAAGGGCACAUCGACAGAUUUUUCACCUAGUCGGCUCGGGGAUUAGAACCAGCGACCUUUCGGUUACUGGCACAAUGCUCUUAACCACUGAGCUACCUGCUGCCCCAUAGAAUGUGAUGGUUUGAAUAAAUUAAUUCAGAACCUCACUGAAUGUGCUUUAGUAGUGGGUGUUAUGAAUACAGUAGAAAAGGGCCGUAAGCACAACGGAUACGCAUAAUUGUAUUUCAUGCUUGGUGGAUCCUUUUAUUCAGGCCCUUGGAUCCUGGUGUUGGAUGUUACUGUUCUCUUUUUUAUUCAGUAUUUGUAAACCAUUCAGCCUGUUGUUGAGGCUCAUUAAAGAGAGAUAUUCUGCCUCCUUUUCCCAUCAUCCAGUCAUCAUAAAGCUGUUGACUUGAUCCAAACCUAUAACGUUGAGAUUCUUUCUCAGUGAGUACUGUGACGGUAAAUAAUUCCAAGCAGCUAUGAUUUGAUAGUAACUUAUCUGUACUUCUAUGUACCAAAGGGAUAGGUUGGGCUAUUUCAGUAGAUGCAUGCAUUACUACAUGGGCAUUCUUACAUCAUUGAAGGUGAAUAGACUGAUGAGUUGUGUUUGAUUGACAGGUCUGCCCCAGCUGCUGCCGGCGCCCCCGCAGAUGGAGCGGCGCCCCCUCCCAACCUCACUAGCAACCGCCGCCUGCAACAGACACAGGCUCAGGUGGAUGAGGUGAGUAACAUGCAGACACACUCACCUUGCAUUACGCACAUACUGACCCACAGAAAUAUCAUAACCUUCUUCACAUGUUGUGAAUAGUCACAAGCCGACAUGGACUGGAUGAAUGCAUGUCCAACACACUUAGGUCAACAAUCAAUACAUUAUGUAAAUAUACUGUGGAGAGAACACACAGCCACUCAGUCUGAGUUGAUUGAGUGAUUCACCCUGCCCCUGUUUUCGGCCCAUGUGUCUGCCCUCCACAGGUGGUGGAUAUCAUGCGUGUAAAUGUGGAUAAGGUUCUGGAGCGUGAUCAGAAGCUGUCAGAGCUGGAUGAUCGAGCCGAUGCCCUGCAGGCUGGAGCCUCACAAUUCGAGACCAGCGCUGCAAAACUCAAGAACAAGUACUGGUGGAAGAACGCCAAGGUAAGGGCUGAGAUAGAUAAAGAUGUACUUUGGUCCAUAUUUAGUCAUGAUAAUAGUCAUUUCCUUUGAGGCUUUCAAGAUGAAUGUUAAAACAUAAUGAAAUGGAUUGUAGCACAUAAAUGAUACCUCAUGAUUUACCUCAUGUCCCAUCCACCCUGAUUUACUACCUCUCCAUGUCCAACUGCCUUAAUUUUGCUGGACCCCAGGAAGAGUAACUGCUGCCUUGGCAGCAGCUAAUGGGGAUCCAUAAUAAAUACAAAAAUACAAAACUUUGCUUCCUUUAGAUGAUGAUUAUCCUGGGGCUGAUAUGUGCGAUUGUCCUCAUCGUCAUCAUCGGUAAGGGUCACACUCACACUCUCAGUUAAGAUAUACUCUCUGCUUCAGUAUUAGUUUUUUUUCUCACCCUCUCUUCUCUUUCACUUUCACUUUCCCUUUCUCUCUCUCUCUCUCUCUCUCUCUCUCUCUCUCUCUCUCUCUCUCUCUCUCUCUCUCUCUCUCUCUCUCUCUCUCUCUCUCUCUCUCUCUCUCUCUCUCUCUCUCUCUGUUUUUCUGUCUCUCUAGUCUACUUCAGCACCUAAGAUGAGUGGCUCCUACCCCAGUCUGCACUCGAGACUGCCCGCUUCCUUGCAACAGAAAAUCCUUCAAAUCAGCGAAGAAAUUAUCCACUGAUGAUGAAUUAAUUAAAUUGCUCCCUAAAUAGUCUCAAUAUGACCCUGCCCUGAACCCCCUCAGCCCCCGCUUCCACCGCCUCACCUCUGGACCCCUGUCAAUAUUCGUC